AUGCCGGCGCAGCAGCUGGGCGACGUGCGCUGCCAGCUCCUGCGGGAACUGCCACCUAAAAAUUCAAAACAGCCAGAGCGGGAAGAGAAACGAGUCCUCGGUCUCGUGUUGCUGCGAGGAGAAAACCUGGUAUCCAUGACAGUCGAAGGACCACCUCCAAAAGAUACUGGAAUUGCCCGAGUACCUCUUGCUGGAGCUGCUGGAGGACCUGGAGUUGGGAGAGCAGCAGGGAGGGGAGUACCAGCAGGUGCACCCAUGCCACAGGCUCCAGCAGGAUUAGCUGGCCCUGUCAGAGGAGUGGGGGGACCAUCCCAGCAGGUUAUGACACCUCAGGGUCGUGGAACAGUUGCAGCUGCUGCUGCAGCAGCCACUGCUAGCAUAGCAGGGGCCCCAACUCAGUACACACCCGGGCGUGGGGGUCCUCCCCCACCCAUGAGCAGAGGAGCACCUCCUCCAGGAAUGAUGGGACCUCCUCCAGGCAUGAGACCACCUAUGGGCCCACCAAUGGGAAUGCCACCUGGCCGAGGUGCUCCUAUGGGAAUGCCCCCACCAGGCAUGAGACCACCACCCCCAGGAAUGAGAGGACCCCCUCCACCUGGCAUGCGUCCACCACGGCCAUAAGAUACUCAUAAUGUACUCCUGAACUGUGAGAAGACUGAUUAAGGGAAUGUACUGAGCAGUACCAACUGUCAAAACCUUGCCCUGUACAUUUUAUAUUUACUGCUUGUAAAGUUUGCCCUUUUUAAUAAAGCUGGGAAAC